AUGACUCAGGAUUUGCUCCAUGCAAUACUUCAGGACAAUGCGGUAGGAAGUAAAGACACGGAACUGGAAAAUCUUAGGCACCGCUGUGAAGCCCUGGAGGCAGCUGUGCUAUCUCUCGCGCUUGGAAUCUAUGACGUGCAGGACUACAUAUCCUUAUAUGCCAAGUACCCUAAGCUGCGGCGAAAGCUAAGGAAGUGUGGACAUAACAUGCACGUCCCCUUGACAAAAUACCAUGUCGCCCAGUUCAAAAAGGGAGGCCCACCAAUUCAAAUAGAUACGCAGUACCUAGUAGAGAGUGCUAUCUCGCUGGAAAAGUCACACGUGCUAGAUCUCUUCAAGCAGGGAUACCAUACUGUUGCGGGGUCAAUCCACACAGAGUAUGAGGCGAUUGUCCGCCGAAGCUUGUACUACAAGUUCCUCGAGCAAGCGACCAAGAUUCUGCUGAUGUUUCUUGGCAUAAUAAUCUCUGCUUUUGGCCUUCUCGUUCAUAUAGUACGUAGACCAAAGAAAGCCAUCAAAUUCAUCCUAAGGAUUGACAUAUCCUUCACGGAGAAAGUUCACCGCAUUGUCCACACAUGGUUCCCGAUGUUGGUAAACCCGGAGCGCUAUUUGAGAGAUGUACAUAACGACCCCAACCAUAGAGUGCUUGUUGAAAUAUCAAACACAUUGGAGAGCAACUGGUGGAACGCUGAUAUGGGGUCUUACAGCGAAGGUGAACACUUUGACGACACUAUAAGCGACAUGAUAAGCGAGGAAAGUGGGGCUCCGCAACCGUCAGCUGAUGCCCCCGAGUCCCAGUCCAUAUGUGGAGCAAGUCCGAUUGAGGGGACACUUCACUCUAUCGUAUCUCCAAGGAUCGAACCCUUAGUUAUUGACGUUCUCACUGACGUGCGUCCAUCCCGGAAUGACAUUCCAGGUGAGCCACCUAGCAGCCUCACUACCCAGGAAGGAAGAAGCACAUAUGGACAGUGGGCAGUAAUUAUAGUUGCAGUAAUUUUGGCCAUUGUGUAUAUCAUGCUGUGA